CACCCAACACGACAUUACGCUGCGGUGUCGCGACGGCGUGGUGACGGCUUCUCGGCAGGCCCUCUACUACUCGUCCGUCUAUUUUCGCAGGCGCCUGAUGGAACCGGAUGUGGGGGAUGAACUGCACGAAAGCUCGCCGUGCAUCAUCGUCAAGCAGGCGCUGGCGUUCAUGCUGACGACGACAUUCGCCCACCCCGGCGACAUGACCGUCGACCACGCCGAGGAGUUGAUCAACAUCAGCCUCAUCUACCAGCCGAUUCGCCGAAAUGCUCUCGUCACCGCCAUCGAGCGCCACCUCUUUGGCCAGUUGGACAAGGCAAAAGACAACCUGCCGCUCCUCCUCCAAUACUUCCUGCUCGGCUACAAGUGGCGCCUCGAGCGAUUGCCCACGGCGUGUAGUACCCUGAUCUUCAUGCAUCACCAGGGGCGAUUACGCAUUGGCAAACUAUGCACACGCUACCGCCACCACGCCCAUCAGCUGCGCGACUGCGUGCUCGGUAUCGUCGAGCAGCACCACUUCCUCCGCCACGGGCAACAAGCCGACGAGCCGCAAGAAGCGCCCGCGCAGCCUCAAGGUGAGCCGCAGUGCCGCCGACCGCAUGAGCAAGGCUUUGCGCGAGUCGGACGGGCCCAAGUCGCCGAAGCCCGAGGGCACCAGCUCGGCCAACGUGUCCACCUGCUCGCUGCCGCCGCCUGG